AUGCCUGGAAUUCUGCCGAUGAAAGUUAUCAAGGUGGGCACAAGCUCGCAAAGCCGGAUUGCCCAGGCUUGCGAUCGGUGCCGCAGCAAGAAGAUCCGCUGCGAUGGCAUCCGUCCAUGCUGCUCGCAGUGUGCCAACGUCGGGUUUGAAUGUCGCACCAGCGACAAACUCAGCCGACGCGCGUUCCCGCGCGGCUACACCGAGUCAUUAGAAGAAAGGGUAAGGGCGCUGGAGGCUGAAAAUAGGGAGUUGAAGGAUUUGCUCGACGAGAAAGACGAAAAAAUUGACAUGCUAUCCAAGAUGCAUAGUCAUCAUCAUCAACGACGUCCGUCUGUGGGUUCUGUUGCCAGUGCGACACCCGGCGCCAGCGCAGCAGCGUCCAAGAGAUCCCCGUCGCCAGCGAAGGAAGAUACAUUCCGCGUACAGGCGUCACCUCUGCUGCUUGGGGUGGAAAAUUCGGAUUCUUAUUUCAUGGGCCCUUCGAGCGGUCGCUCGUUCAUUGGUGAGCACCCUAUAGGACGAACGCGCUGCCCUACGAGUCUAACCGUCUUUGCAGAGACCUUCAAACGCAAAAUCCAGGAGAGCGGGAAAUCUUGCUCGGACUUCAACCCUGAAGCCUUCUUGCACAUCCAAGGGUGCUACCCCUUGGUAACACAACCACCGUCAUCGUCCAUGAGAAUACCGCCCCGGCUCUUUACUGAUAGAUGCGUCAACAUCUAUUUCCAAGAGUGGGCACCGUUAUUCCCCGUCCUACAUAAGCCGACUUUCCUCCGAAUCUAUGAAGAGUUCGUCGCCGAUGCCGAUAAGAUGAAGGGUAGCCACCAGGUUGCUCAACUCAACCUGGUCUUCAGUAUCGCUGCACUUUCCAGCGACCUCCCGGAUACUGAACAAAUCGCUGCUUGUGAAAUCCAGUGGCAGAAGGCUUUAGACGCGAUUCUAAUGGAGAACACGAUGAACACUCUGCAAUGCCUUGUUCUUGCAUUGAUGUAUUGCACCAUCCGUGCUGACUACAAGCGCCUCAUUCAUUAUAAGGGCGUCGCCGUUGCGUUAUCUCAUCGGCUGGGAUUGCAUCAAAGUCAGAAACGGUUCUCCUUUGGGGCUCUUACUAUCGAGACCAGAAAGAAGGUUUUCUGGACCUUAUACACUCUUGACUGCUUUUCUGCUGCUAUACUUGGGCUGCCAAAGGUCCUUAAAGAGGAGGAUGUGCACGCUGAAUAUCCCUCCGACUGUGAUGACGAGUAUGUCACCGAAAAGGGAUUCCAGCCAACUCUCCCUGGAGAAUAUACCAAGUUGUCGAGUGCAUUAGCGCUGUUCAGAGUGUCACGGAUUCUCUCCAAGGUGCUUGAGAAGAGUUACCCUGCCGCUACUUCAUACGAUCUGUCGUUGCAACAGAUGUCAGCUCUGGAUGCCGAACUAUCGGAUUGGGAUGAAAAUCUCCCCGCACAUCUCAAGUUGACCUUCGCGCAGGACAAGCCCUCGACUGACGUUACCGGAAGUCGGUCCCCAAUUCUCGCGCUUGCUUUGUAUUAUAUUCGGACCCUGAUACAUCGACCUGCUGUUGGUUCUAGCCUGGGCCCCAAGGCCGCGCCGUCUCUUCUCGCGAUCGGCGAGUCAAGCAAGCAUAUGGUCCAGAUCGUGCACUUGUUGGAAGAGAGAAGCAUGUCGUUUUCUUUCUGUCUUAACAAGACUGACGUGCUCAUGCUAUGUGCCAUGACUUUGUUGUACCAAACACUCGACCUGAAGCAGGACAGCAGACUCGUGAAGGACGCGGAGCGUUUAGUCAACAGCGUACUGAAAGGCUUCACGAAGGCCAAGGCGGCAGGCGCGCAUGAUCUGAAAAGAGUCGCAGCGAUGCUGAUCUCCGUCGAUGAGCCUGCAUCGCCCGCAUCUAGCGGUGCAAGUCCAACUUCAUCUGCGCCUUCGAAGAUGCCUAAGCCUUCGCCACAGGCUGCUAUGCCUAGGAAAUCUUUCUAUAGUCUUGGUCGACACUCAAGUAUGACCAUGAGUGAGACAGACCUGUUGUCACAGCAGGAAAAACUCAGACGGAUGACAUUGCCACACUCGUCCGCAGUCAGACCUGAGCUUUAUCGCUCGCCGUCGCGUGCAUCUUUCGAUGAUGCUAUGCAAAGACCGUCGAUACCUCAUCCCGAUUCCCGGUUCUCCAUCUCACAAAUCCAACAAAGCAUGAUGAGACUCGCCCCAACGAACAGAGGCAAGUCGAACCUUGACUACUUGUCUCUUGGAGCCAGCUCAAUGACGCCGCAACCACCUUCACCCAUGCAAACAAGAAUGCCGGCCCCGCAACAUGUCGCGCAGGGUCAGCAAACACGCUCGCCAUCAUACUCGGCGAACACGCCUGUAACUAAAGCCGGCUCAGGAGGAGGAAUGUCAGCUACAGAGUGGGAGUCACUACUCGGUUCACUGGACGGGGGGCAAGUCAACCUCUACGAUGCAAUCUACGGAGGUCCUGGUCUCUCUCUCGAGACCCCCACAACCGUUGCCACCAACUAUAACGAUUGGUCUCCGGACUCCUGGGAUCUAGCGGGGUUCAAUCUCGGAGACCUGAACUCCAACCCGGCUCCCCCUCAGAGCGUCCUAAGCUUAAGCGAUGAUAGUCUCAGCUCCGGGGAAGAGCUAGCACCAAACGACGUCUACUACAGCUUAGGACAUGAUGACUUCCGUAACAGCUUGUUACAUCCGAACCGACCCCCGAACGACGGUGGAUUAGUGUUGGACGGGCUGGACUUGAACCUUGGAAUAUGA